GUCAAUCGAGUUGGAGAGAAAAUUGGCAUUUUGCCCCAAGUUUCUUGCUCCGUUGGACUGUUUGUUACAAAAGUGAAUGGCCUACAAUCUAGUCGGAUAGUAGCCGUAGUUUGUUACAGUCUAGUAAACAUAUUACUUAUUUAAUCAACAUGAAGUUAUUAUAUUUAACGCUCCUAGUCCUCCCAGCGGCUCUCCUGUGUUUCCAGAGCGCCAACACAAUUCUGGCGAGAGCCGAAGAAGAUGAGCUAGAUGAUGUAGUGGAUAUUGAAGGGGAAGAUAACCAGGUUGUUGGUGAUGAUGCCCUUGGUGACGAUGAUGACUCCGUUGUGAAGUCUUCGCAAGAUGUUGACACUACUAUACUCUUUACUAAACCUGUUACGAGCUUAGGAGAUGCUGUAUUUGACCUUCAAGCUGGCUAUCCAGUUGAAUUCUUAGUUGGAUUCAUUAACAAGGGUGCUGAAGAUUACUUGGUAGAAUCAAUGGAAGCUUCCUUCAGAUACCCCAUGGACUACACAUACUACAUCCAGAACUUCACCGCUCUGCCUUACAAUAAGGAAGUUAAGCCAAAGCAGGAAGCUACCUUCGCAUACUCCUUCAUCCCCAAUGAAGCCUUCGCUGGCCGACCAUUCGGUUUGAACAUCCAGCUCAACUACAGGGACGCCAGUGGCAACUUCUACCAGGAAGCGGUCUACAACCAGACGCUGAACAUUGUGGAGGUGUCAGAAGGUUUGGACGGCGAGACGUUCUUCCUGUACGUGUUCCUGGGCGCUGGUUGCGUGUUGGCGCUGGUGCUCGGCCAGCAAGCUCUGUCGUCGUUAGCUCGGCGCCGCGCCCCUCGCCCCGCUUCACGGCCCAUCGAGGUUGGCACCGCUAACGAUGUCGACUACGACUGGCUACCUAAAGAAGUCGUCAACCAACUCAAAAAAUCACCGAAGAGUCCUAAACAGUCGCCUCGCUUGAGGAAGGCGAAGAGGUCGGCUGGGGACGACUAAAUAAAAGUCGUGAUAAUCGAACCCAGUGCUCGGAGCACUCGAGCAGUGCUGAGUGAAACACCGCGGCACUAAACUAACAAUAGUCCUGAUUCUGACAGCUGUCAUUAAUAACCAUAGUCUGUCAUAUCAUCGAUAUAAAUACUUUUUCAUAGACAAGUCAGAUGAUCAGGCCUAUUAUUAUUUUAGUCGAUUUUUAUACAGACUGUGUGGUUUGUAGUUGCUAAGUUUAGUGUGAUGUGAGAAUAAAUUAUGGAACAAAGUGUGGAAGCUUUUAACAACGUGAGCGAUAAAUAAUGUGAGAAUAUUAUUUAAUAAAAUGUUAAAUUUUUA